ACCAAGACUGGCGCCGCGACCGCCCAUUUCCGGUUCUGACGUCAUCCAGUCUGAGUCAGUUCGUGGCCGAUUGUUGUGACGGAGUCGCCGGAAAAGGGCUUUUCUGGAAAGAUCGGAGGGGAGACGUUUCAGCGCAACACGCAAACGGGCGACAACAACCAAUAACAAAAUACACAAAACAAGCGAAAGAAAAAAUCUGCCUUCUUUAACUUCCACCGUAAGUGUCCCAACGGCUUAAGCGGGAAACUUUCCGAGCCAAGAGAGAAGAGUGUGUGAGGAGGGCGGCCUGCUCCUAACUGUGAGACUCGGAAACUUUGCGAGCGGGAGAGACUGGUCGAGCAGGCCGCGGGCAACACAACAGGUUUCAGGAGGCCCCUUCAUCCACCGACCUCUCCGCCCCGCUCGAGAGCAUUUCGCUGUUAAAUUUCCCGUUCGCCUCUUUUAUUUUCCGGUGGAGGAGAAAAAGGAAACAGAAAGACCCUGGUUAUAAAUGCGGUUCGGAUCCAAAAUGAUGCCUAUGUUUCUCACUGUGUACCUGAGGAACAAUGAUCAGCAUUACACAGAGGUACCAAUCACUCCAGAUACCACAUGUCGAGAUGUUAUUGGCUAUUGCAAAGAACCAGGAGAGAGAGACUGUUAUUUGGCUGAGCGUUGGCAUGGUGCUGAGCGUGUCAUAGCAGAUAAUGAACGUAUAUAUGAUAUUCUGCAACAGUGGGGUGUUCAAAGAAAUGACGUUUGUUUCUAUCUGCGCCAUGAGCGUCCACCAAGCGCAACCAGGGAUACAGGCUGUUUGAGACUCCAGGAUCCAACGCUGAAGAGAAAUAGAGUCCAGGGUAUUAUGGAUAGACAGGUGGAAAAUGGUGUUAGUGGGCCACGUAUGGACAUGACGCUUGCUGAACUGCAAGAAAUGGCAACUCGGCAGCAACAGCAAAUCGAUUCGCAGCAGCAACUGUUGGCAACAAAGGAACAGCAUCUGAGAUACCUGAAACAGCAGGACCAUCGAGAGCAACAGGCAGCAGAGCAAGAGAAGCUACAAAAGCUUCGUGAGAUUGCUGAGUGCCAGGAAGCCAAAUUGAAGACCGUAAGGUCUCUUAAAGGGCAAGUGGAACAAAACCGACUUAGCAAUGGGAAGCUGGUUGAGGAGAUUGAACAGAUGAAUAGUCUCUUCCAACUGAAGCAGAGAGAAUUAGUGGUUGCUGUUGCAAAAGUGGAGGAGCUCACCAGGCAACUAGACAUGUUGAAAAGUGGAAAGAUUGAUGGUUAUCAUGAGAACCAAUCUGUUGUGGUUGAGCUUGAUAGACUCUACAAAGAGUUGCAGGCAAGAAAUAAAUUGAACCAGGAGCAGAAUGCAAAGCUUCAGCAUCAAAGAGAGUCCUUAAACAAGCGGAACUCUGAAGUUGCAUCAAUGGAUAGACGUAUUGGGGAUCUGCGUGAGCGCUUGUGGAAAAAGAAGGCAGCAUUACAACAAAAAGAGAAUGUGCCAGUUUCAUCCGACAAAAAUGUCCCUCAACAAGUAGUAUCUUCUGCACCCAGCCGAGUAGCUGCAGUUGGACCCUAUAUCCAGUCAUCUACCUUGCCUCGUGCCCCACAGAAACUUGAACUUUUGGUAAAGCCAGCUUUUCCUAAUGGAUCAUCUACUCUACCUAAUGCGCAAGUACAUACAGUGAAUGCUCAGAAUCCUGCAGCCAAAUCUGGAGUUUCCCCAAUUAACACUCCUGGUGCUUGCAUUGGGACACAGGCGCUUUUACAGACACCACCUCAGACUCUUUCCGAAAGGAAUGAAUUGACUGUUGGUGUCCCUGUUCAUCAACCUGCAGCUUCCUUGAGUACUGGUACCUCAAACUUAGUCAGAGGAGCAUCAAUAUCCAACACAUGUCAAGGUGUGAUCAAGAAAAUUGCAAAUGACACGAAAAUUGGUAGGGUGGUAAAUAAGGAGGAUAACCGACUAGUCACGUGGUUAGAGCAGUGGCAAAUGGAUUUCAACCUGGAAAACUGUGAGGAAAUAUGCUUCAGGAUUGCUAGCAAGACAAGGGAUUACAUCAUGAAUGCCAAGACCAUAAAAAUACUGAGACCUGAGAGACCUCGGAAUGCAUUUUCACAGAUCAUUGAAGGUAACAGGACAAGUAGAUGA